AUGGAAAUUGUCAAUCCUUGCUUCUCGGUGCUCUCCAAUUUCGAAGUACUGGAAUGUCUUAAGAACAUAAAGGACACUAAAAAGAAAUAUGGUCUUCGUAAUUUGGCCACAAUAACCUAUGAAACAUUACAAUAUUUGGAGGAAUCACCGUGUAAACAUCAAAACCGUGAUGUCAUCUUUGCCUUUAUCAAAGAUAUGCAACCGUAUAAAUUAACCACAAAUGAACUGCUGAUGAUGGUCAAUGAUCCACCCACAAGUGCUUUACAUAUUCAGCUACUGAUAGAAGAUAGUGAGGAGCGUUUGACCGAGGAUCAAGUUAAUGAGAUCAUAGAAAUAGCGAAAAAACAUUUUCCCGGACCACCGGCUGAAUCAAGUUGAUAAUAAAAUGAAGAUUUUGUUU